CGUAUGCCUUGCUUCUAUGCCAACCCUGCGGGGGUCUUUUUUUUUCUCGUUAGAUGCGAUUAGCUUCAUUGAAAUAGUAAUGCUUCAUUUAGGGUAAUAGACAAGUGUUGGCACAACGAUACUGAACGUAAUGAUAGGCAUUCAAAUACGCUCAUUUAUAUUGGGCAAAACUUGGGCUAUAGCAAUAUUGAACAUAUAUAUUAUAGUAUUAAGCUACGUAUCCUACGAAGUAACGGCGAGAAAGGUGACGAUGGUAGGUAUGUCAUCUAGGCGGCAUUUACCGUCUGGAAGAUGUAUCUCGUCGUUUCCCAAUCUGCAUGUAGUGUAUACCAAAUCCCUUCACCGGAGUCACCGGAAGCUAUCGUCAAGCUAUUCGAAAAGCGUCGUCAAGGAGAUUCCGAUGGUUGUAUGUGUCCUGGCCUGUGAACUAGCCAUGCUCGGGAUAAUCAUGAUGGCUUGCUUCACCCGGCGGGGGCUCUCGCUGCUCUUAAUAGAUACCUAGACGAUCAUUCAAUAUCACCUACCUUAGGAUGUACAUACUAUUAAACCCGAAGUUGGUAAUAUCAAGUAUAUCG